UUCGAUUCUGACGAGUCCCCCAUGUCUCUCUCUCUCGCUUAACUGUUUGGUUGCUAGGGCAAGUGUUUGAAACUGCAAAGUUUGCAACUUUUUUUCCAGUUUGCGUUUCCCGUUCUUUGGUGGUAGUCAUCGAUGCUGCUUUAUUCUACAACUCUAACUCUCUGUGGCUCCACACAUAGAUUAGCAAUUUUGAAUUGUUUAUUGGGGUUCAAUAUUUUGGUGUGGUUUAGGAUAAGCAGCUUCUGUAGUUCCCUUAAACAGGAACACGGGUAUAAGAUGGGGAAUUUUGAGUUAAUUUUGCAGAUUUCUUCUCAUUUUGCACUUUUAACACCGAUGGUACUCUGUUGCUGUGAUUUUUAUGGCGCAGAAAAAGAACAAGGAUAGAGUGGAAGAUCCCAGAAGAUGACGUCAGUUUCGGGAGGAAGCUCAACGUUGAAUCCUAAUGCUCCUCUUUACAUUCCCACCGCCUUUCGCCAAGUGGAGGAUUUUUCUCCAGAAUGGUGGCAACUGGUAACAACGUUUCCCUGGUAUCAUGACUACUGGCUCAGCCACCAGGACGAGGAAGGUUUUUACGACAAUACAGAGCAUGAAUUCGACAUCAAUAGCAUCACUAAUCUGCUGCCUGAUACAUUUGAUUUUGACGUCGGUGAAGAUUCUUUUAUGAUGGAAGUUCAGCCUGAGGAAUCUAUUCAAUCUUCUGAAUCUCAAGGAAAGGUCCCCUAGAAUAGGAGAUCACCUUACUUCAAGCAAUAAGUUUGAAUUUCUUAAACUCACACUUAUUGAUUCAUGAUUCAGAGGUAAGAGGGUCCGACACUUGAGUUGAAGCAGAGCAUGCAGGGAAGCUUUCAACAUGAGCCCACGGAUGGCUUUUAGCAGCUUGGAUGGUUCCUUUAGAUAUUUACAAUAUUAUCUGUAUCUUCUAGCCUUUACUUAAUUGCUACAUAGCAAGGUUUAAAAUUUCUGUUCAAAAAGAGUACGGAGAAGAAUUGUUCAAAGCCUCUUGAAGGGCUACUUUUACCCCCACCCCCCACUCAAGGAUUAAGAUGAAAAAGCGGGAAAAAAGGAUAGUUGUUUCUUGUA